AUGGCAAAUCCCGGAGAGCUGCAGAGUUUUUUCCGUGGAAGCCGCGUAGUCCUCGGGUCCUCGAGCAAGUGGCGGCGGAAAAUACUUGAAGAUCAGGGCUGUCCUUGCGGCACGAUGUCGCCCGACAUUGAUGAAAAAGAGGUACGUCAUGACAACCCAUCAGCCCUUGUAACCAUGCUUGCCCACAGGAAGGCGGACGCAUGUCUGGAGAAACUGUCUCAAGUCUCUCCUGCAGAUGUGUUUCCUGGAGGUUAUGCCUAUCAAGCACCUCGUAGCAUGAGUGAGACCGGCGAAAACGGCCACGAUGCAGAAAAUAGGGGAGAUUCAGGCGCGGUCCUUCCAUCGUACCACUGCUGGUUACUAUGCAGCGACCAAGUUGUAGUAUUCAGGGAGAGAAUCAGGGAGAAACCAGAAAACCGGGAGGAGGCGGAGGCUUUUCUGCGUGACUACUCGGGCAGCAGCGACCCAGCCCACAUCGUCACCGCCAUUGUGCUAGUCAACUCUUACUCGAAGAUGCGAGUUGAUCUCGUGGAGACGGCGAAGGUGUGGUUCCGCCAUAUACCUGAUGAUGCUAUUCAGGGAAUUCUUGAAGAGGGAAUUGCCAUGACGUGCGCAGGGGGCUUGGUUAUCGAUGAUGGCAUCAUGAGCAAAUACGUGGACAGAAUCCAUGGGUACGAAGAUUGUGUUAAGGGAUUACCUACAGUUGGUCUAAGCCAAUUAAUAAAAGAAUUUGUAGAGAAGGAGGGCGGUCCUUGCUCGCCCGGAGUUCGGAAGUGCUUCCGCUGCACCAAUGAGCCUGCAUAG